AGUGCCGCGCGAGAACCCUCGCCUGAUCCCUUUUCGAGUGGCUGCUAAACCUGAACGCUUGAGUGACUGAAUUCGCAAUGCAUUACACAGCUCCGAGGGACAACGGGGCGCUAUGCUCGCAAAGACACCCCAGACACCGUACAUCCGUACGGACUCGAAUUCUGCAUAAAUUGCUUCGCCCGCAAGGAAACGGGCAUAAAUUUACACACCACCUCAUUUCACUUCUCUCAUUUUCCAACCCCAACCUUAAAAAUGAUCGCUGCUCGCGUCUCCUCGGCUAAGCCCGUGGCUGCCAAGAACGUCCAGGCUGCGAAACCCAAGGUCGCCCCCGCCGUGCUGGGCGUCUUCGCCGCUGCCAUGGUCGUGUUCGCCCCCAUUGCCAACGCCGCCGAGACGGCCAGCGUCCGCCAGGUGCUGUGCUCGUCCAACCCCACCUCCAAGGUGUGCCUGAAGGACUCCGCCAAGAACUAAAUUGCUUGGCAUGGCUUGGACAAAACUUCAAGGCACUGGACAAGCUGGCAAGCCGUGAUGGCGGGUUAUCCUGGACGGUUACAUAGCUUAUUCCCAGGGGCCGGGCGCGGGCAGAGCGUGCCGUUUUUCAACGCUGGCGCGCACGCGUUGCGGGUUUUUGAGAUGGUCUGGUGAGCACGGUUUAAGCGGGCGGCGAAGAGAGGUUGCUGCAGCGAGCUGCGGCCUCGUAUUGCCGUGUGUACACUAUAAAUGUACAACAAGUUUUGCGUAUGGACGGUACGCACACUGGUGGAUCAUGCGUUGAGAGCAGGGAAGGUUCCUGGUUGAGAGACACAAACGCCAUCCGACAGUGGCGAUUGCACAUUGCACCUGUGUAAGGUUAAAUGAAC